AUGACUUCUGCAAACUUCGCUGCAGCACAAGAACGUGUUUUGGAACGGCGCCGCCAACGCGAACUGGAAGCUCGAAAUCGGCUCUCAAGCAGAACAUCGCGACUCCCGCCUGCAGUUAGCAACCUCCCAUACCCUCUGUCCAAUAUUUCUACUCGCGGAUUGGCAUUAUGGGAUGUUCUAAGAGGCAGGGAAGGGACUAGACCAGCGUUCCGGGUGGGACAAGUUGACGCAGAGUUGCUGGAUGAAGAACUUAUUACCUUGCUCAAAGGGCAGAUGGGAGAAGGAUUGAAAUACUUUGGUCGUCACAUACGGGAUGACUGGAACCACGAGAUUGACCUGGUACUUCGCGCGAUCCUCUUCAAGCUGUCGGUAUGGGACCAUAACGCAUCCUACGGAGCAGCACUUCAGAAUCUGAAGUAUACGGAUAGUAGGAGCAAGGGCCCUGUUCAUUCAGAUCCCACCAGGUUUCAGAAGUCCCUAUACGGGCUGCUGACAGUUGGUGGCCGUUAUGCGUGGGAUAAAUGGGAGAGCUGGAUAAUCAACCAGGGAGGUGAUUAUGAUGAACCACCUUCAUCUAAUACGCGAGCUCUAUCCAAACUCACCUCGCUCAUCUCCACCGCCCACUCGAUGGCUGCGUUCGCAUCCUUCCUCAUAUUCCUUGUCAAUGGCCGAUACAGAACGCUGGUCGACCGACUCUUAUGUAUGCGACUAACCCCGCCAUCGAUGCAGCUGGUCUGGCAUGCCUUUACAGAAUUCCUCCUCUUCCUCUUACCCCUUGUUGGAAUUGGGCGAUGGCGUCGAUGGGUAUCUCGAGCCUGGAGAAAGACCAUGUCCUCGCUCCGAGCUACAGACGAAGAGAGCAGGGAGAAGAACAAGGGUGAACUUGGCUUCCUGCCAGAGCGGACGUGCCCCAUAUGCUACCAGGCGCAGAACCCUACCACCACCUCGGAGAGCGAUGUAAUGGGCCCUGGAGCAGCGUCAGGCGGUAUCAUUGGCUCAGCACAGACCGAUAUCACGAAUCCUUAUGAAACCGUCCCAUGUCGAUGUUUAUACUGCUUCACAUGCAUUGCGCAGAAGCUUGAGGGGGAAGAUGGAGAGGCAUGGGCUUGUUUGCGGUGCGGCGAGCUUGUCAAACAGUGUGGGCCGUGGAAUGGAGAUGUGCUUGAAGAAACUCCCCCACAACCACAGCCUGCUGCUGUCCGAAAGAACGUCGAGUUUGCCGUGGCUGAGAACCAUGUUGACUCCGACACUGUCGACACGGACUCGGUGGCUCACGUUGACAUUGAUGAUGGAAUGAAUGAGACCAGCCCAUGGGCCGCCGUGGGCGUGGAGGAAACUGACGACACGAGCGUCCAUACUGAGCUGGACUACCAGAAGUAA